CCGUAGGCAGCCCCGAUGGCCAAGCAGCCCCCCGAGGUGAAGGCGCGACGCGAGGGCGGGCGGCUGCCGGCGGCGGAGGGGCCGGGCCCGGGCGCGCAGCUGCGCCCCGGCGCUCCCGCCGCCCUGCCCGGGGCCGGCCCGGUGUCCGCGGCCGCCGCGGCGCGGGGCCCGCCCGCCAGCCCCGGCCCCUUCGCCACCCGCUCGCCGCUCUUCAUCUUCGUGCGGAGGUCGCCGCUGCUGCCGCGCUCCUCCAGCGGGUACUUCUCCUUCGACGCCGAGCGCAGCCCCGCACCCCUGAGCUGCGACAAGGCCACGCAGACCCCCAGUCCACCCUGCCAGGCGCUCAGCCACUGCCUCAGCGCCAUGGCUUCCCGGUGGCAGUCCCACUCUCCACCUGAAGAGGUGCAGCCGGAAAUCUGGAUUGCGCAAGAGCUGCGGCGCAUUGGGGACGAGUUCAAUGCCUCCUAUUGUCCACGCAGGGGCUUCUUGGAUCACCAGGUGGGAAAUCCCCAGGUCAUGAUCUUGCGCCUGCUGCGUUACAUCAUUCGCCUCAUCUGGAGGCUCCAGUGAACACCAGAUGCAUCCCGAGCCACCAGGACUGAAUUCCUCGCUGGGAAAGCCUGGGAAAGAUGGACUCAUGGAUGGAUGUGGGGCUCUCACCCUGCGUCUCCCCCAAGACAUGUGGCAGGAUGAGGGUGGACAUCCUAUUCCACGUGGUGUUUUAUGGCAGAGUGGUGUUUACUCAGUGUUUCUCUCCACUCUUUUUAUUCUUUUUUUUUUGCCUUUUUUUCCCAAAAAAGUCUCAGCGAAAAUGCAGAAUCAUGUUUUGUCAUCGUUCCUGGUAUUCUGUGGCAUGAGCCCUAUGGCAGGAACGAGGGAAAGCUGAGCCAGCUCAUGGGCAGAGCCCUCAGAGUUUGCCUCUGGAGUUUGCCUUGCAGAGGCUCGGAUUCCUCCCCUUGCCCUUUGCCUCCGGGGCGCUUGGCCCCAAAAAGGCUGGAAAAAGGGCAGAAGGAUUUAAUCAGCACUUCUUUUACCUGUAAAUACCUAAUGCUACCCCAAAUCCAACUUCAUUUGCAUAAUGCAAAUCAGCCUAUUUCCUGC